GAAGAGGCCGUCAGCGUAACCUUUCAAGACACGUGGGGCGGCACAGAGAUUCUGGAACUUUUCCUAGAAAGAUACGCAGACAGUGUCCCUCUCACAGAGAAGAUCAUUAGUCUCGCAGCUGGCAACGAGCAGUGCGGUGAUAAGAUCAUGUCGUUACUUCUGAAGGAGCGAGACAACAUCCCGAUCACCGGAGCAGUUCUUUUGGCCGCAGCUAGAAAUCGGAGGUGCGGCCACAGAGUUAUGGCGGCAAUAAUAGACACCUUCGGCAAAUUGGAUGAGAAGGACCGCCAGCUCUCUACAGCUCUCGAAGAGUGUCUCUACGAGGCGUCUUGUCUAGGCCACAAGGAGACAGUUGGGGUGCUUCUGAAUAACAAUACAGAUGUUAAUGCCAAUGGAUUCAUGUUUGGAAGUGCCCUUCGGGUCGCUUCGUUUGAAGGGCACCAUAGGGUUAUCAUAGACACGCUCCUCCAACACGGGGCAGACGUUAACGCUCAGGGUGGCGCCUACAACACUGCUCUCCAGGCCGCCUCGUUGGAUGGUCACGAGGACGUCGUUAAAGUGCUCCUGGAAAACGGCGCAGACGUUCAUGCCCAGGGAGGUAUGGAAAAUAACGCGCUAUAUGCCGCUUCACUCGGGGGCCAUCGUAAAGUUGUCCAGAUGCUUCUCCAAAACAGUGCGAUCAUCAAUACUCAGGGCGGCCGAUUUGGCAAUGCUCUUCAGGCGGCUUCAUUCGAAGGCCAUCAUGAGACUGCUGAGCUGCUUCUUGAGAAUGGUGCGGAUGCCAGUUGCGAUAACGGCUAUUACGGCGGUUCCAUGCAGGCCGCUUCGGCGGGUGGGCAUGCUGAGACGGUGUCAAUGUUGCAUGGAAAGUACAACGUCGGCCUGGACUGCAGCAAUAGUCAAUUCGGUAGAACCGCCCUGUCAUACGCUGCAGGCAGCGGUCACAGCUCUAUCGUACAGCUACUUCUUGCCGGCCCGAAUGUGAGCCCAUGUUCGAAAGAUCAUUUGGGCCGGACACCGUUGUUCUUUGCCGCUCAAAAGAGACAUGCUGAGAUCGUCUCGACUCUGGCUGAGCGGGACCCAUCGGUGGUAGACUGGAAGAACCGGUACGGUUCAACGGCCCUCUCUGUUGCGGCCAGAGGAGGGCAUGUUGAGGUCGUGAGGAAUCUCUUGGACACUUAUGAAGUAGACAUCGACUCUCGAGAUUGUUUCGGCCGAACACCUUUAUCGUGGGCUAGAAGGCAGGGGCUUGCCGAUGUUUCGCUUCUACUUGCAACAACAAAGAAUGGCAACUUGCCACGAGAUGACUUCUUUUCAGGAGACGCAGACAUUCAGCUGUCAUGCGAGCACGCCAUAACCUCUAGAACGCCAUCGGACCUGGUCUGCGACAUCUGCACUUUGUGCAUACCUGAGAAUGAUACAUGUUAUCACUAUUCAGACUGCUACUGAGGGGAAUUUGAUAUGUGUAAAGACUGCUUUGACGAUUGUGGUUGUUGUCUUGUGGCAUCUCAUGAACUCACUCGGACGGUGGCGGAAACACCUAUCAGUCGUGCGAAAAGACUCCUACGAGUCUAUUCCCCUAUAGUAUUGCCAUAAGUGUUAGAUUAGCACUUCUACCGCGGUCUAUCGCUCGCGAAGACCCUUGCAGAGACCCUUUUCAAAGCUCGCAUACUUAGGGCUGAAGGUUUGAUCAUGUACUAUCAAUUCAAAUGGCC